AUGUCUACACCGACCACUCAUGCUUCUGUUAGCAGUAGGUUGAGGUUUUUAUCUUUUUAUUAACAUUUAUGUAAUGUCACAUGUCAAAGACUAUGUCCUUAAUUAUUACCUUGAACAUAGCUUUGCCCGUUGCUCAUAGCUUUUCUUAUAGUCUUGAUCAUAGCCCUGGCCAUAAUCCUGGUUAUAGCCGGAUAGUUUAAAAUUUGCUCAUUUUUCAGCCACUGCCGGAUGUAAAGGAGAAGACCUGGACGUGAUGGCAUUUAUCAUAUUCGUCCUUCUGAUCGUCUACUCUGCUGUCAUACUGCUGGCUGUCCUCAUCUACGCCGUCAUCUUCCGUCAUCACUUCAUUUGGCUAUGUCGCAACACCGCUGUCAAGUCCAAAAAGGGCAAGAAGUCGGACACCACCGCCGCCGACUCCCAAAUGUCUGUCACUAAAACCGCAGCUUAA